AUGGGCGACAUAGCAUCAUUGACUCCGGAGCAGAUGGAGGCGCUCCUGAACGGACCCGCCCUCACGCCGCCGCCCGGCGUCAUCCCCAACUUCGACAACCCGCCGAAUCUGAACCACAUCUCCUCCGUCGCGAUACCGGUAUGCUUGGUGGCGACGAGCCUGGCCUUCCUCCUCCGCACCUACACCAGGGUGGUCAUCCUGAAGAAAAUCCAACUGCCCGACAUAUUAAUGUUUAUCGGUUUUGCUUGCUACCUAACAGACAUCUACUUCGGUUACCGUCUGCAGGAGAAUCCGGGCGCGUUCGUCCACCAGUGGGAUGUGCGACUGAAGGACAUGCCAGCGAUCCUCUUUCCCAUGUUCAUCAGCGCAAGUUUCUACAUCGGCGUGCUCCUGACGAUCAAGGCAGCGAUCCUGCUCGAGUGGAUGCACAUCUUCGUGCCGCACGGGGUGCGCAACCAGUUCUUCUGGAUCUGCAGCGCCAUCUUGGCCGCCAACACCAUCUUCUACGUCGUCGUCCUGUUCCUCGUCAACCUCGCCUGCUGGCCCGUUGAGAAGAGCUGGAACCCGCUCUUCCCCGGCGGCUCGUGCCCUAUCAACACCGACGCCGUCAACACCUCCUCUGCCGCGCUCAACCUUGCCUCCGACAUCUUCAUCCUCAUCCUCCCGCAGCGCGUCAUCUGGAACCUCAAGAUGAACUCCAAGACCAAGGCCGGUGUCUCUAUCAUCUUCGCCAUCGGUGUUAUUUGCAUCACCGCAGCUGGCUUCCGCCUACGCGCCGAGAUCGACUUCUCCAUGUCCGACGACGUGCUCUACGUAUCGUCGGCGGUGAUGCUGUGGGCGCUAGCCGAGAUGACGUGCCUGUUCUUAGUGUUCGGGAUCCCGAGCGGGGCCAAGAUCGUAUCGGACAGCCGGCUGACGAGCCGGUUCGUGUCGUCGUUGCAGUCGAUCCGGAGCCGGUUCCCGCGCCGGUCCGGGUCGCAGUCCAACACGACCAAGGGCCAGUCCUGGCCCGGAUCCAGCGCCAUGAGUGACUCGCAGGCCACCGCCACCGCCUCGUCCGCCCGCGCCUACCACAAGCUCAGCGGCAGCCACCACGGCAACAGCAUGGUCAUGACCACCAUCGAGUCCCGCAAGGCCGGCCAGUCCCAGAUCUCCUCCGAGUCCAUGGAGAACCUCAAGGACUACGCCCAGGAGCAGCACCAGCGCGGAGCCAUGUCCCCCGUCAUCGUUCGCACGACGCAGUUCAAUAUGACGGCGGACUACCGCACCUCGAACGGCGACUCCGACGAUUACUCUGUUCGCGUAUAG